AUGAGAGGAAGAUCAAUAUAAAAUCCAUAACCAUUUUAAAUGCGUUCUCCUUAAAGAGCUGUUUCACCAAUCAUUUAAGUUGUUCCUUAAACAUCUUAAUAACAGACUCUUUUGGAUAGUUUAAUUAGUAUGAAGAUGGAAAAAGUCUUAAUGGGAUUUGAAAUACAAAGAUUAAAUUGUGUAUUACUUGAAUUAGAUAGAAAAAGAAACGCUAUGAAAAACAAUAUGUAUGAUUUUAUUUAAUGAAGAUAAUAACAUCAGGAAAGAGAAUAAGUAUUACUUCUUGAAAUAUCAAGUUAAAAAUAAGAAAUUAAUGAAUUACAACAAAAGGAAAAAUUAGCAAGAGAGAAAUUAAAUUCUUAUUUAAGAUAGGCGAAUCAAUAGGAAAACAUAAAUAAAGUAUUUAAGAUUUUUAAUUUAGGAUCAAUCGAAUAAAUUGGAAGAGAUAAAAAAGUUAUAAGAAGAAAAUAAAUUACUUGAGUCUAAAUUAUCUUAUUUAUUAGGCCUUAAUCAACUUGAAAUCAAAUAGGAAGGUUCAUCUAUAAAAAAGUUAGAUUAACCAUCUUUUUCAAAGAAUGAGCAAUUACCAGAACAUAUAUAAAAUGCUUUAAGCAAUCUUCAAAAUGGAAUUUCCUAAUAUAGAAAUGGUAAUUUGAUUCAGAAUAAAUAUGCUAAUGCUUUAACUAUGUUGGCAGAAUUAAUAAAUUCUCAUAAUAAACUUUUAUAAAAAAUAGAUAAGGAUCAAGAUGACUAUGAAGUAGAGAUUUAGUAACUCUAAAUUUAUUUGACAUCAUUAAAUCAAGAUAUUGAAGCCUUAAAAAGAUAUGAAACACCUAAAGCAGUGAGAAGAAUCUUAAAUAAUUAAAGUCCUUUAUAAGCAAGAUCAUAAUCUCCAUCAUUGUCCUCUGAAGAAGUAUUUUCAAAAAUAAUGACACAUAUUGAGCAUCUCUAACUCGAUCUUCAUAGUGUACCUACAAUAAUAAAAUAAAUUUCUCUGUUGAAUUCAUUAGUUAGACUAAAAAAUGAAGAUUUAAAAUUAAUUGGAAAUAAUACUAAAUUAAGAGGUUCCCCUGUUAGAUAUUCUGUCGAAAGGUCUAAUGGUAGUAUUCGAGUUUUGACUCCAAUAAAAUAUAUUAGCCCAAUUAGAGUUUCUCCAACUAGACAUCAUACUUAUAAUACAAAUGUAAGUGUUCCUCAAAGGGUCUCGAUUAUCCAUCCUAAUGUUUAAGAUUCAAUCUAAACUUAAUAAAGACAAGGAAUUUCUGAGUUGUUUCCUUAACAAUCGAGGGACGAAUUUUAAAAUGCAUUAAGUCAGUUUAGAGACAAUUAAGACAGAUUAAGUUAAUUAGAAUAAGAAAAAUAAGGAUUUCUUGAAUAAAUUUAGUAUUGGAAGUAAAAGUUUGAGGAUGAAAUUGGUAAAAAUAAUUAAAACUUAUAACCUGAAAGUGUAGAGUAAAAACUAUUGAAAGAAAUUAAAAAGAAUUAAGAAUAGUUUUCUGAAAUUGUUCUACUGAAAUAAGAAAUUCAAAAACUAUAAAAUUAAGUUGAUUUUGAGUAAGAAAAGUUACAUGACCAAGCAAUAAAAUAAAUUGAAUAAUAAUCAGAAUUAAAAAAGAAUAACCAGAAUUUAGAAAUUUAAUAAAAUUAGUUAGUGUUGAAAAAUAAAGAGUUAGAAAAAUAAAUUUAAGAUUUAAUAUAACAGUUAUAAGUAAAUAACGAAGAGAAGACAAAAUUAAAAUAGUAGAUUUAAACAUUGGAGCAAAAUCAACCUUAAUAACCUUAAUCAGUUGAGAGUCUAAAAGUUUAAUUAUGUGAUCCUAUUUUAAUCGAAAAAAAUAAAAAGUAAGAUCUUCAAUAGCAUUAAAUUGACAUUUUGAAAAAUAGAAAUUUAGAAUUAUAAAAUUAAAUUAUUCAGAUUUAAGAAGAAUUAAAUAAUAUGACUUCUUAAUAAAGAAUUUAAUCUUAAAACCCAAUUAGUUAACAGGGUAUCUAAGUCGAUUCUGAAAAAAUAUUAAAGAUAAGUUAGUUAGAAUAAGUUAAUUAAAAAUUAAAAACUGAAAUAUAAGCAAUUGAAUAAUAAAGAUAAGCUGACUUGAAAGAGUUUUAAGAUAUGAUUGGUAAUGGUGUUUAAGAAUAAUAAAUAGUAGCUUUGAUGGCAGAUAGGUAGGAUUUGCAAAAAUAAAUAAGAGAUUAAUAAAAUUAGAUUGAUGAGCUAUAGUAAAAAUACAUAGUAUUAUAAGCCGAAUUAAUAAAAAAAACAAAAGAGUUAUAGUUUUAAGAUGCAUAGAAUUAAUAAUAAGUUGAUAUUUAAUAAAAAGAAGAAUAGGAUGAUUUACUUAAUUAAUUAUAAAAUUAGUUAUAAUAAGCCAAAUAAUAAUAUUUAGAGCUUUUAGAAACAGCUUAAUAAAAUAUGACUCCAAAUGGAUUGAAAGAGAAAGUUUUAUAGUAGUAAUCUAGUAUUCAUGAUUAAUAAAAUUAGAUAUUAAAUCUUCAAUAGGAAUUAGAAAUAGAAGUACCUAAAUUAUAAGGGUAAUUGACCUAGGCUUUGUAAGAGUUAUAGGCAGCUUAAAAUGAUGCUCAAAUUUAAGCUAAAAGAUAUUAAGAUUUACUUAUGAGGAAACAACCUGAGAACCAAAAGUUAGAAGAAUAAUCAGAAAUAUCCUAAGUUGAAGCACAAUAAUUAAAAAAACAAAAUCUAGAACUUCAAAAUACGAUGCAGAAUUUAGAAUAAGAGAAGGAAUAAAUUGUAAUAGAAUUAUAAAAAUUGCAAUAAGCAAAAGAUGAAAUAGAUAGUUUGUAAAGAGAAAAAAAUUUAGCUGAACAGUUGCAAAAUAUUUUAUAGGAAUAAGUUAAAGAUUAAUAAAAUUAGAUAGCAGAGUAUAGAAAAAAAGAAGAAAAUCUCAAGUAGGAAUUUUAAAAUUACAAAGAAAAUCAAAAUGACUAAAGAGGAAAUAAAUAAAAUGCAGAAUCUCAAAGAAUAAUCGAAUAGAAAGCAGAAUAAGAGGAAGCAUAAAAAAGCAAAGAUUAGGAAGCAAAUCAAGUCGAGAAUGUAGAGGCUUUGAAGGAUUAAAUUAAUUAGCUAAAUUUCGAAAAGCUGCAGAAUGAAAGAGAAAUUAUUUAGUUAUCUGACUUUCGAUUAGAGAAUGAAAAUUUAAGAAAAGAAAAACUUGAACUAUAGGAUUAAUUGUUACAGAAAUAAAAUUAAAUCAAUAAAUUAUAAAAUGUUCAAAUUAAAUCAGAAACCAUUGAAAAUUAAAAUCUUCAUUUUUAAACUGAUCCUGAAAAAAACUUAAAAAUUAGUUAAUUAACUCAAGAAAAUUAAAAUCUUAAAAAUUAAAUUUCUUAAAUAGAGGAUGAAAAGAGAGAAGAUCUAAAAUAAUUUUAAGAUAUGAUUGGAAAUGGAGUAAAUCAGCAAUAGAUAGUUGCCUUAUAUCGACAAAAGUAAGAUUUUUAAUCAGAAAUCAGAUAAUUAUAAAACUAAAUUGAUAAAGUUUAGCAAGAGUCGAUUUAAUUAUAAGAAUAAUUAGUUGAUAAAAACAAAUAACUAAUUGAAUUGCAUUAAACUUUGCCUUAGGAUGAAUAAAAAGUCCUCCUAUAAGAAAAAUAAAAAGAAAUAGAAUAAUUAAAAGCCUAGCUGAAUAAAAUAAAGGAAUAAUAUUAAGAAAUCUUAGAAAUUCAAUCUUAAAAUCUAACUCCAAAUGGACAGAAGGAAAAACUUCUUUAAAAUGCAAAAUUAAUCCAUGAAUUAGAAUAGGUACUUUAAGAAAAAUAAUAGGAAAUUGAAAGUACUAUUCCUUAAUUGUAAGGGUAGCUAAAAGAGUUUUAAUUAAAGUAUAAUGAUUAAUUAAAUGAAGCACAACUUUUAAAUGAAAGAUAUUAAAAUUUAUUAAAUAAAAAACCUAUAGAAUUGCAAGAGUAAUAAUAAAAUGAAGAAAAUCAAAAUUUGUCUGAAUUAUAAAUGAAAAAUUAAAAUUAAGAAGCAUAAAUAAAACAAUUAAUAGAGCAAUAAAAGUAAAACUUAACUCGUCAAACAUAAAUUUCAGAAGAAAUGAGUGAUUUAAGCAAACAAAAAAACUUACUUGAAUAAAAAUUAUAAUUAACUGAACAAUAAUUAAAUGAAAAUAAAAAUGAAUUAAAUGAGUAAAUGUAAUUAAUUCAGGCAAAAGAUGAAGAAAUCUUGAAACUUAAAAAUGAAUUAGCUGAAUCUAAUGGAGACUUCUGGAAACAAGAAUAUCAAAAAUUGUACAGCUAAUUAGACAUAAAGGAUCCUUCUAAAAUGCCUCCAUAACAAGGAAAAAUAUAAUAAGAUGAUGACAAGAAUAAUAACGAAAUAAUUAAUUCUUUAUAAUCUUAGAUAACAAUUUUAUAAUAAUAAAGUAAUGAAUACCAGUAGAUUUCUUCAGAAAAUGAGCAAUUAAAAUCAAGCAAACUAUAAUUACAAACUGAGCUAUUAAAUGCACAAAAUACAUUGAAUUAAUUAUUUUCUGGUUAAUUACCAUAAAAAGGAGAUAGUUAUUCAUAGCUAGAUCCUACGAAAGCUCUUUAGGUAAGCUAACUAUAAUAAGAAAAUUAACAAUUAAAAAAAUAACUUACAGAUAUCGAAGCAGAGAGAAAAGAAGAUUUAUAGAAUUUUGAAAAGAUAAUUGGAACUGGACCUGAAGGAAAAUAAAUCGUAUCAUUAAUAUCUGAAAAGUAAUAGCUACAGCAAAAAAUUAGAAUUUUAGAAAAUCAAAUUGAUUAAUUACAAUAAUCCUAAAUAAUCUUAUAGAGUUAAUUACUUGAAAAAAACCAAUAACUUAUGGAUUUAUAUGAUGAGUAAAACUCAAAAAAUACUAAUAUCAAAUUACAGGAUCUUUAAACAUAAAUAGAUCUACUUCUAAAACAACUGGAACAAUAAAAAGAGUAAUAUCAAGAAUUACUUGAAAAUUAAUCAUAAGCAUUAACACCUAAUGGAUAAAAAGAGGAGAUUUAAUAAUAAAUUAAUAUAAUACAUAAAUAGGAAGAAGAAAUACAAAAAUUAUAAAAUUAGAUAGAACAAAAUUUACCAUAAAUGAUGGGAAAACUUGAAGAAACCUAAUUAAAAUUAAAGCAUGCUGAGGAGGAAGUUAAUUUAUGGAAAAAUAAACAUUAAAUACUAUUGGAGGAAAGACCUAAUUUUGCAUAAGCAAUAAUAGAUGAAUAGGCUAUUAAAUCAAUGAAUUAAGAAUAAUUACAAUAAGCCUUGUAAUAAUUAAUAAUAAAAUAAUAAUAAUAAGAUUAAUAAUUAGAGGCUUCACAAUUAGCUAUGCUUUAGUAAUAAAAUUAAUUAUUGAAAUUAUAAGAUGAAUAGGAUAGCCUAUAACGAGAAAAAGAUUUACUAAAUUAAAAGGAUUAGAUAUAAUAAUAAUAAAACGAUUCAUAAAAGGCCUAAAUCGAAGAAUUAAAAGAUUUAGACUUUAAAUAAAGAUAAUUAAUAGUAGAUUUGAAGAAUGAAUUAGAAUAAGAAAAUGCUUAGUUUUGGAAGAAUGAAUAUUAGAAAUUAGCAAAUAAACAUGGAGAAGAUAUUCCAAUAUAAUUUCCAAGUUAAAAAUAAGUAGGUUCUUAAAACAUUUAAAAAGAUGAAGGAAAUUAAACAGAAAUAAUUCAAGAUCUUAAAAAAUAAAAUGAAUUAUUGUAAACUUAGUUAGAUGGAUAAAAUGAAUUAUAAUAGGAAAACGAUGAAUUAAAAGCCACAAAAUUAGAUCUUUAAGACUAAUUAUUAUAAAUGUAAAAGUAAUUGUAAGAUAUAUUAUCUGAACAAAUUCCAAAACCAGUGGCAUCUUCAGGAUCUAUUCAAUUUUAAACUGAUCCAUAAAAAGCAUUAUAAAUCAGUCAAUUGCAAUAAACUAAUUAAGCUCUUAAUCAAUAAAUAGAAGAAUUAUAAUAAUAAAGAAAAGAUGAUUUAUAAAAGUUUUAAGAUAUGAUUGGAAAUGGAGUGAAUGAAUAAUAAAUAGUAGGCUUAAUGUCAGAAAAACAAUAAUUAUAAUCUGAUCUAAGAAUGCUACAAAAUAAAUUAGAUUAAGUUUAAUAAGAAUAAUUAGCCUUACAAAGUUAAUUAACCUAAAAGACUAAAUAACUAAUUGAUAUUCAUGAUGAUCUAAAAUAAGAUGAACAAAUUCAACUACAAUAAUAAUUAUAAAAUGAAAUUGAAUUACUUAAGAAAUAAUUAGAAAAAGCUAAAGGUUAAUAUUAAGAACUUUUAGAAUUAUAAUCAUAAAACUUAACUCCAAAUGGACAAUAAGAGAAAUUAUUAUAAUAAACAAAACAAAUUCAUGAAUUAGAAGAAUAAAAUCAUAUCUAAUAACAUUAAAUCGAAACUGAAAUCCCUUAAUUAAUUGGAGAACUUACUGAAACUAAAUAAAAAUUAAAAGAUGCUAUUACAGAUGCAUAAUUAUGGAAUGAUAAAUAUCAUGAUUUAUUAGAUCAUAAAUAAAGUUCUCAACCUUAACAUAAAGAAGAAGAUAUUUUAAAGAUGACAAAAGAAGAAGCUUAAUAAGCACUAUCUGAAUUACAAUAAUAGUAUUAAAAUUCUUUAAUAAAACAAAAAUAAAAUUAAGAGAAUAUAGAAGAAUUGAAAUAAAAUUUGAUUUAGUUAUAAGAUUAAAAUGAUAAUUAAUAAAGAGAUAUAAAACUUUUAUAAUAAUAAAAGGACAUCAACGAAAAAUAAAAUGAAUCUCUUUAAAAUUAAUUAAAUGAUCUAAAAUUAAAAGAUCAAGAGAAUAGACAGUAAAUAGUAGAUUUGAAGAAUGAAUUAGAAUAAGAAAAUGCUUAGUUUUGGAAGAAUGAAUAUUAGAAAUUAGCAAAUAAACAUGGAGAAGAUAUUCCAAUAUAAUUUCCAAGUUAAAAAUAAGUAGGUCCUUAAAACAUUUAAAAAGAUGAAGGAAAUUAAACAGAAAUAAUUCAAGAUCUUAAAAAACAAAAUGAAUUGUUGUAAACUUAGUUAGAUGAACAAAAUGAAUUAUAAAAGGAAAACGAUGAAUUAAAAGCCACAAAAUUAGAUCUUUAAGACUAAUUAUUAUAAAUGUAAAAGUAAUUGUAAGAUAUAUUAUCUGAACAAAUUCCAAAACCAGUGGCAUCUUCAGGAUCUAUUCAAUUUUAAACUGAUCCAUAAAAAGCAUUAUAAAUCAGUCAAUUGCAAUAAACUAAUUAAGCUCUUAAUCAAUAAAUAGAAGAAUUAUAAUAAUAAAGAAAAGAUGAUUUAUAAAAGUUUUAAGAUAUGAUUGGAAAUGGAGUGAAUGAAUAAUAAAUAGUAGGCUUAAUGUCAGAAAAACAAUAAUUAUAAUCUGAUCUAAGAAUGCUACAAAAUAAAUUAGAUUAAGUUUAAUAAGAAUAAUUAGCCUUACAAAGUUAAUUAACCUAAAAGACUAAAUAACUAAUUGAUAUUCAUGAUGAUCUAAAAUAAGAUGAACAAAUUCAACUACAAUAAUAAUUAUAAAAUGAAAUUGAAUUACUUAAGAAAUAAUUAGAAAAAGCUAAAGGUUAAUAUUAAGAACUUUUAGAAUUAUAAUCAUAAAACUUAACUCCAAAUGGACAAUAAGAGAAAUUAUUAUAAUAAACAAAACAAAUUCAUGAAUUAGAAGAAUAAAAUCAUAUCUAAUAACAUUAAAUCGAAACUGAAAUCCCUUAAUUAAUUGGAGAACUUACUGAAACUAAAUAAAAAUUAAAAGAUGCUAUUACAGAUGCAUAAUUAUGGAAUGAUAAAUAUCAUGAUUUAUUAGAUCAUAAAUAAAGUUCUCAACCUUAACAUAAAGAAGAAGAUAUUUUAAAGAUGACAAAAGAAGAAGCUUAAUAAGCACUAUCUGAAUUACAAUAAUAGUAUUAAAAUUCUUUAAUAAAACAAAAAUAAAAUUAAGAGAAUAUAGAAGAAUUGAAAUAAAAUUUGAUUUAGUUAUAAGAUUAAAAUGAUAAUUAAUAAAGAGAUAUAAAACUUUUAUAAUAAUAAAAGGACAUCAACGAAAAAUAAAAUGAAUCUCUUUAAAAUUAAUUAAAUGAUCUAAAAUUAAAAGAUCAAGAGAAUAGACAGUAAAUAGUAGAUUUGAAGAAUGAAUUAGAAUAAGAAAAUGCUUAGUUUUGGAAGAAUGAAUAUUAGAAAUUAGCAAAUAAACAUGGAGAAGAUAUUCCAAUAUAAUUUCCAAGUUAAAAAUAAGUAGGUCCUUAAAACAUUUAAAAAGAUGAAGGAAAUUAAACAGAAAUAAUUCAAGAUCUUAAAAAACAAAAUGAAUUGUUGUAAACUUAGUUAGAUGAACAAAAUGAAUUAUAAAAGGAAAACGAUGAAUUAAAAGCCACAAAAUUAGAUCUUUAAGACUAAUUAUUAUAAAUGUAAAAGUAAUUGUAAGAUAUAUUAUCUGAACAAAUUCCAAAACCAGUGGCAUCUUCAGGAUCUAUUCAAUUUUAAACUGAUCCAUAAAAAGCAUUAUAAAUCAGUCAAUUGCAAUAAACUAAUUAAGCUCUUAAUCAAUAAAUAGAAGAAUUAUAAUAAUAAAGAAAAGAUGAUUUAUAAAAGUUUUAAGAUAUGAUUGGAAAUGGAGUGAAUGAAUAAUAAAUAGUAGGCUUAAUGUCAGAAAAACAAUAAUUAUAAUCUGAUCUAAGAAUGCUACAAAAUAAAUUAGAUUAAGUUUAAUAAGAAUAAUUAGCCUUACAAAGUUAAUUAACCUAAAAGACUAAAUAACUAAUUGAUAUUCAUGAUGAUCUAAAAUAAGAUGAACAAAUUCAACUACAAUAAUAAUUAUAAAAUGAAAUUGAAUUACUUAAGAAAUAAUUAGAAAAAGCUAAAGGUUAAUAUUAAGAACUUUUAGAAUUAUAAUCAUAAAACUUAACUCCAAAUGGACAAUAAGAGAAAUUAUUAUAAUAAACAAAACAAAUUCAUGAAUUAGAAGAAUAAAAUCAUAUCUAAUAACAUUAAAUCGAAACUGAAAUCCCUUAAUUAAUUGGAGAACUUACUGAAACUAAAUAAAAAUUAAAAGAUGCUAUUACAGAUGCAUAAUUAUGGAAUGAUAAAUAUCAUGAUUUAUUAGAUCAUAAAUAAAGUUCUCAACCUUAACAUAAAGAAGAAGAUAUUUUAAAGAUGACAAAAGAAGAAGCUUAAUAAGCACUAUCUGAAUUACAAUAAUAGUAUUAAAAUUCUUUAAUAAAACAAAAAUAAAAUUAAGAGAAUAUAGAAGAAUUGAAAUAAAAUUUGAUUUAGUUAUAAGAUUAAAAUGAUAAUUAAUAAAGAGAUAUAAAACUUUUAUAAUAAUAAAAGGACAUCAACGAAAAAUAAAAUGAAUCUCUUUAAAAUUAAUUAAAUGAUCUAAAAUUAAAAGAUCAAGAGAAUAGACAGUAAAUAGUAGAUUUGAAGAAUGAAUUAGAAUAAGAAAAUGCUUAGUUUUGGAAGAAUGAAUAUUAGAAAUUAGCAAAUAAACAUGGAGAAGAUAUUCCAAUAUAAUUUCCAAGUUAAAAAUAAGUAGGUCCUUAAAACAUUUAAAAAGAUGAAGGAAAUUAAACAGAAAUAAUUCAAGAUCUUAAAAAACAAAAUGAAUUGUUGUAAACUUAGUUAGAUGAACAAAAUGAAUUAUAAAAGGAAAACGAUGAAUUAAAAGCCACAAAAUUAGAUCUUUAAGACUAAUUAUUAUAAAUGUAAAAGUAAUUGUAAGAUAUAUUAUCUGAACAAAUUCCAAAACCAGUGGCAUCUUCAGGAUCUAUUCAAUUUUAAACUGAUCCAUAAAAAGCAUUAUAAAUCAGUCAAUUGCAAUAAACUAAUUAAGCUCUUAAUCAAUAAAUAGAAGAAUUAUAAUAAUAAAGAAAAGAUGAUUUAUAAAAGUUUUAAGAUAUGAUUGGAAAUGGAGUGAAUGAAUAAUAAAUAGUAGGCUUAAUGUCAGAAAAACAAUAAUUAUAAUCUGAUCUAAGAAUGCUACAAAAUAAAUUAGAUUAAGUUUAAUAAGAAUAAUUAGCCUUACAAAGUUAAUUAACCUAAAAGACUAAAUAACUAAUUGAUAUUCAUGAUGAUCUAAAAUAAGAUGAACAAAUUCAACUACAAUAAUAAUUAUAAAAUGAAAUUGAAUUACUUAAGAAAUAAUUAGAAAAAGCUAAAGGUUAAUAUUAAGAACUUUUAGAAUUAUAAUCAUAAAACUUAACUCCAAAUGGACAAUAAGAGAAAUUAUUAUAAUAAACAAAACAAAUUCAUGAAUUAGAAGAAUAAAAUCAUAUCUAAUAACAUUAAAUCGAAACUGAAAUCCCUUAAUUAAUUGGAGAACUUACUGAAACUAAAUAAAAAUUAAAAGAUGCUAUUACAGAUGCAUAAUUAUGGAAUGAUAAAUAUCAUGAUUUAUUAGAUCAUAAAUAAAGUUCUCAACCUUAACAUAAAGAAGAAGAUAUUUUAAAGAUGACAAAAGAAGAAGCUUAAUAAGCACUAUCUGAAUUACAAUAAUAGUAUUAAAAUUCUUUAAUAAAACAAAAAUAAAAUUAAGAGAAUAUAGAAGAAUUGAAAUAAAAUUUGAUUUAGUUAUAAGAUUAAAAUGAUAAUUAAUAAAGAGAUAUAAAACUUUUAUAAUAAUAAAAGGACAUCAACGAAAAAUAAAAUGAAUCUCUUUAAAAUUAAUUAAAUGAUCUAAAAUUAAAAGAUCAAGAGAAUAGACAGUAAAUAGUAGAUUUGAAGAAUGAAUUAGAAUAAGAAAAUGCUUAGUUUUGGAAGAAUGAAUAUUAGAAAUUAGCAAAUAAACAUGGAGAAGAUAUUCCAAUAUAAUUUCCAAGUUAAAAAUAAGUAGGUCCUUAAAACAUUUAAAAAGAUGAAGGAAAUUAAACAGAAAUAAUUCAAGAUCUUAAAAAACAAAAUGAAUUGUUGUAAACUUAGUUAGAUGAACAAAAUGAAUUAUAAAAGGAAAACGAUGAAUUAAAAGCCACAAAAUUAGAUCUUUAAGACUAAUUAUUAUAAAUGUAAAAGUAAUUGUAAGAUAUAUUAUCUGAACAAAUUCCAAAACCAGUGGCAUCUUCAGGAUCUAUUCAAUUUUAAACUGAUCCAUAAAAAGCAUUAUAAAUCAGUCAAUUGCAAUAAACUAAUUAAGCUCUUAAUCAAUAAAUAGAAGAAUUAUAAUAAUAAAGAAAAGAUGAUUUAUAAAAGUUUUAAGAUAUGAUUGGAAAUGGAGUGAAUGAAUAAUAAAUAGUAGGCUUAAUGUCAGAAAAACAAUAAUUAUAAUCUGAUCUAAGAAUGCUACAAAAUAAAUUAGAUUAAGUUUAAUAAGAAUAAUUAGCCUUACAAAGUUAAUUAACCUAAAAGACUAAAUAACUAAUUGAUAUUCAUGAUGAUCUAAAAUAAGAUGAACAAAUUCAACUACAAUAAUAAUUAUAAAAUGAAAUUGAAUUACUUAAGAAAUAAUUAGAAAAAGCUAAAGGUUAAUAUUAAGAACUUUUAGAAUUAUAAUCAUAAAACUUAACUCCAAAUGGACAAUAAGAGAAAUUAUUAUAAUAAACAAAACAAAUUCAUGAAUUAGAAGAAUAAAAUCAUAUCUAAUAACAUUAAAUCGAAACUGAAAUCCCUUAAUUAAUUGGAGAACUUACUGAAACUAAAUAAAAAUUAAAAGAUGCUAUUACAGAUGCAUAAUUAUGGAAUGAUAAAUAUCAUGAUUUAUUAGAUCAUAAAUAAAGUUCUCAACCUUAACAUAAAGAAGAAGAUAUUUUAAAGAUGACAAAAGAAGAAGCUUAAUAAGCACUAUCUGAAUUACAAUAAUAGUAUUAAAAUUCUUUAAUAAAACAAAAAUAAAAUUAAGAGAAUAUAGAAGAAUUGAAAUAAAAUUUGAUUUAGUUAUAAGAUUAAAAUGAUAAUUAAUAAAGAGAUAUAAAACUUUUAUAAUAAUAAAAGGACAUCAACGAAAAAUAAAAUGAAUCUCUUUAAAAUUAAUUAAAUGAUCUAAAAUUAAAAGAUCAAGAGAAUAGACAGUAAAUAGUAGAUUUGAAGAAUGAAUUAGAAUAAGAAAAUGCUUAGUUUUGGAAGAAUGAAUAUUAGAAAUUAGCAAAUAAACAUGGAGAAGAUAUUCCAAUAUAAUUUCCAAGUUAAAAAUAAGUAGGUCCUUAAAACAUUUAAAAAGAUGAAGGAAAUUAAACAGAAAUAAUUCAAGAUCUUAAAAAACAAAAUGAAUUGUUGUAAACUUAGUUAGAUGAACAAAAUGAAUUAUAAAAGGAAAACGAUGAAUUAAAAGCCACAAAAUUAGAUCUUUAAGACUAAUUAUUAUAAAUGUAAAAGUAAUUGUAAGAUAUAUUAUCUGAACAAAUUCCAAAACCAGUGGCAUCUUCAGGAUCUAUUCAAUUUUAAACUGAUCCAUAAAAAGCAUUAUAAAUCAGUCAAUUGCAAUAAACUAAUUAAGCUCUUAAUCAAUAAAUAGAAGAAUUAUAAUAAUAAAGAAAAGAUGAUUUAUAAAAGUUUUAAGAUAUGAUUGGAAAUGGAGUGAAUGAAUAAUAAAUAGUAGGCUUAAUGUCAGAAAAACAAUAAUUAUAAUCUGAUCUAAGAAUGCUACAAAAUAAAUUAGAUUAAGUUUAAUAAGAAUAAUUAGCCUUACAAAGUUAAUUAACCUAAAAGACUAAAUAACUAAUUGAUAUUCAUGAUGAUCUAAAAUAAGAUGAACAAAUUCAACUACAAUAAUAAUUAUAAAAUGAAAUUGAAUUACUUAAGAAAUAAUUAGAAAAAGCUAAAGGUUAAUAUUAAGAACUUUUAGAAUUAUAAUCAUAAAACUUAACUCCAAAUGGACAAUAAGAGAAAUUAUUAUAAUAAACAAAACAAAUUCAUGAAUUAGAAGAAUAAAAUCAUAUCUAAUAACAUUAAAUCGAAACUGAAAUCCCUUAAUUAAUUGGAGAACUUACUGAAACUAAAUAAAAAUUAAAAGAUGCUAUUACAGAUGCAUAAUUAUGGAAUGAUAAAUAUCAUUAACUUCUAGGGGAUCAUCAAUCUGCAUCUGUUCAAUAAAUUUAAAAUUUAGAGCAAAAAUUAAAUGAAGCAUAGAGUAAUGCUUUAAAGGAAAAAGAAAAAUAUGAUAAUUUACUUUAAGAAUAAUAUUCAUCAUUAUCUCCUUCAUCAGCUUAAGCAAAACUUUUAUAAGCGGUCAACCAAAUAAAUGAACUAAAGGCUUAAUUGGAAGCAAAUCAAAAUGAUAGAAUUUCUAAUUUAGUUGAAAAAGAAUCGUCUUAAGUUAUUGAAAAGCUUUAAGACGAUCUUCUUAAUUAUUAAAAAUAAGUUGAAAUGUAAGAUAAAUUAAACGAGAUUCAAUAGUAAUAAAUAGAAUUUCUCAAAACUUAACUUAACUAGAGAGAGUCCAAAUAAUAAUAGAAGCCAAAUUCAGAAGAUGAAGAAACCUAGCAAUCAUUAAGAGAUUAGAACAUUAUUCUUCAAGCAUAACUAGCAUAAAAAUAAAAAGAACUAGAUAAUUUAUAAGCAAUUUUGAUAUAAAGUCAAGAGGUGAUUAAUGAAUAAAGAUAAGAAUAAACUAAAACUGAAUUUUGGAAGAAAUAAUACACAGAAUCGAUCUCUUAAUAGACUUCUGCAGAUUAGCAAAAAUAAUUACUAAAUUAAAAAGAAUAACAAUUAAUUUAAGAGAUCAAAUAAUCUUAAUUUUCAAAUGAUAAGAAAUUAGAAGAAUAAAUUAUUAAUCUUUAAAAUGAGCGAGCUUCUCUUUAAUAGUAAUUAAUUCAAGUAUAAGGAAAACUGAGUAUAGUUACUGCAAACAUUGAAAAUCAAGAUAUUUCAUAGUAAGUCCCUGAGAGUUAAGGAUUAAUUCAAAAACUAAAUAAGGAAAUAGAAGAAUUAAAAUUAAGAAAUUUAAAGUAAAACUUUUUAUUUAUAACUUAGUGUAAUUGAAUAAAUGAAAUAAGCCUUAAGUGGAGAUGAUUAAGGAUAAAAAAUAGCUCAAUUGAUAGAAUAAAAUAAUUAGUUAAGUUUGAAUUAUCAAAAACAAUUGAUAGAUUAGGAUAUUAAUCAAAAAGAAUUAUUGAAAUUCUAGGCCUAAAAUUUAGUCUUGAAUGAAAAGGUUAAAGAUCUCUCAGAUCCUUCUGUAACAGAAAACGCGAAAUUGAGAGUUUCAGAUUUAUAAAGAUAAAUUGAUUUGAUUGGUUAGUAAGUAGAUUUCUGGAAAUAAAAAUAUUAAUAAGUUCUUAAUGAAUACAGUUAAUAGUUAUCGCCUACUAGUGUAUAAAAAAAAAUGAUUGAAUAAGCUUAACAAAUACAUUAAUAAGAAGAGGCAUUAUUGGUAUUACAAUAAACGACAGAUUAAACAAAAUUAGAGAAUGAAAAUUAAAUUAAUUAACUCAAGAUUGAAAACAAGAUUUUAAACGAUGAAAAUGUUAAUUUAAAAAAGAGAAUUUAAGAGUAAGAAAAUUAAUCAUAAUAACUAUCAAAAUAAUAUAUGUUAUCUUAAGAUUAAAACGAUAAAUAAAUCUAGUUUUGGAAAGAUAAAUAUUAAGAAGCACUUUAAACCUUACAUAAAGACCCUUAAAAAGUGCAAGAAAUAAUCUAACAAUAAGAAGAAUCCGCUUAAAACUUAUAACCAGAUAAAGAUUGGCAACCAAUAUUAAAACCAUAAGAUUUGAGUUCAGAAAUAAUUGAUAAAUUAAGAAGUGAAAAUCAAACAUUUUAGGGGGAAGUGACAUUUUAUAAAAAGAGAGUUUUUGAGCUUGAACAAUAAUAAUAAAAGCCAGAUCCAAGUUAAUAAGAUACAUUAUAAUCUUAGUAAUAUUAAAUUAGUUAACUUGACAAAGAUUUACAAAAAGCUCUUCAGACCUCUACAUAUUGGGAAUAAAAAUAUAAUGAUAUUGUUUAGUAAAAUAUCAAUAGAGAGGUGGGUUAAAGAGGAGACGCUUAAAAUACAGCAAGUUACUGGAGGUAAAAAUUCGAUUAAGCUGAAUAAAGUAGAUAAUAAUUAAUGCUUGUUCUUUAGGAAAAAGAAGAAUAAAUUGAAUAACAUAUGUAAUCUUUCUAAUCAAUUCUGAAAGAUGAAUUAAAAGAAGAACUUACUAAAAUUAGAAAUCAAGAGAGAUAGAAAAUUGAAUUAUAACUUUAGCAAAGUUAACCAUUUAAUGAAUCCAAUCUAAUUUAAAAGCUCAAAGAAUAACAUGAAUUAGAGAAAUAAUAAUUGAUUUAAGAAUUUUUAAGGAGAAUAGAUUAGUUAUUAUAAAGUAAUGUCUAAAAAUACCCAGAAGGAGAAAAUUGGAAGGAAUUAAUAUUAAGAUAUGAAAAACAAAGAUAAAAUGAGCUUUAUGAAUUAAGAUAACACUUAUAGAUACUAUAAAGAUCUCAAAUUUCAACCAAAGAUAUAGAAUUUUAUGCAGAAAGAAGAGCCUAUGAAAAUGCUAUUAAUGAAUUAAAAAAUAAAAUUCAAUAAGAUGAUCCUUAAGAGUUGUAUGAUACUAUUGAAUACUAAAGAAGGGUUAUUCUAGAUUUGGAAGAUUAAAUAGCUUUCUUAUAAAAUGAAAGAACCAAUCUAGAAAUGCAUAUUAUGCAACUGAAUUAAUAAAUUGAUUAGUUAAAAGAAAAUAUAUCUAAAUACUAAAUGCAAUCCGAUAAUAGAAAAAGACAAAGAGCAGAAGUUUUGGAAGCUAUUGAUGAAAUGAAACGAGAUAGAGCUCGUGAAAGGGAAUCCUAUAAAUCUCCUCAUAAGUAAAUGAGAUAAAGCUAGAAUAGAUCUUCAUGGGAUAGAUAUCCUAAGGACUAUUUAAGACCUUCGAACAUUUAAUUACCAUCUUAAUUCCAAGAACACAGUUCUCCUAAAUAAAGAAUACCAUUCUAACAAUCAUAAUUUAUCUCUCCUCAACAAGAAAAUAGAGACAUAGUAUAAAAAUUGCAAGAAUUAGAGGAAGUAAAACACAAAUAUCAAAAUGCAUUAAACAAUAUUUUAUAAUUAGAGGCUUAAGUUAUUGAGAAACUAUAACAAGACGAUAUCUAGAUAGAAUGA